AUGAUCUCACGGUCGCUUUUCUCCUCUCAACUGCUCCGGCAGGCCGCCGCUCGCCCGGCCGCAUCCGCCUUCAAAUACUCCCCGAUGCUGUCGCUUGCGCAACGACGACUCCUCUCCGAUCAGACCCGCCAGGCAAUUGACAAGGCCGUAUCAUCGGCGCCGGUAGUGCUGUUCAUGAAGGGCACCCCCGAGACACCACAGUGCGGUUUCUCGCGCGCCAGCAUCCAGAUCCUCGGUCUGCAAGGGGUUGACCCGGCCAAGUUUGCCGCGUUCAAUGUACUCGAAGACGCAGAGCUGCGAUCAGGUAUUAAGGAGUACUCCGAUUGGCCCACGAUCCCCCAGCUGUACGUCGACAAGGAGUUCAUUGGCGGUUGCGAUAUUCUAGUAUCAAUGCACCAGAACGGAGAGCUGGCAAAGCUGUUUGAGGACAAGAAGGUACUGGCGCCGCCAGAGGCUCAAGAGGAGAAGACGGAGUAG